AUGGAUGGAAAUGAUAUUAAAGAAAUAUUAGCCGGGUCACUUGGCGGUGCGGUGGCCACUGUAGUGGAAUAUCCAUUUGACACUAUAAAGGUCAGACUGCAAGAUGAUCCUAGUCGCUAUCGAGGUAGCUUUAGUUGCGUUUGUGAUAUAACUCGUAAUGAAGGAUUAAUAAAUGGUUUUUUUAAAGGACUUCCUGCACCUCUUAUGGGUGCUGCUGUGGAGAAUGCUAUAUUAUUCUGUACAUACCGUACAGCUAUUAGUUGUAUUCAAAGUUUAUUUUGCAGUAAACGUUUUGAACCAGAUACAGAGCCGUAUGUGGUGGUUUUUGGUGCUGCAGCUGUUGGUGGUAUUGUCGUAUCACAUGCACUUACUCCUGCAGAGCUAGUUAAAUGUAAAAUGCAGGUUCAAAAUACUCUCCCAGAGGAACGACGAGCAUUUAAAAAUUCCUUACAUUGUGCAUUGUCCAUCUAUCGAAAAUUAGGGAUACAUGGACUUUACAAAGGACAUGUGUCUAUGUUGGCGCGAGAAGCUAUCGGUUGUGGUUUGUACUUUGUGACGUUUGAAUGGGUGAUUCGCACCAUGUUGCAAGAAGGUCAGAGUUUUAGUGAGGCCUCACCGCUUGUUCACUUUCUUGGGGGUGGAUGUGCGGGUGUGGCGUUCUGGACAUCCAUUUACCCAAUCGAUGCGCUAAAGACAAAAGUGCAAACCGGAAAGGGAGGAUAUGGUGAAAUGUCAUUAUUGCGCGGGAUGGCGCAUCUAUAUAAGCGGGAGGGAUUGCGUGGAUGUAUGCGGGGCUACACAGUAACAGCUAUUCGUGCAUUCCCUGGGAAUGCUGUUUUAAUCGCUGUGUACGAAAAAGUGAACCUUCUAUGGGAAACAUCACAACGCUCACGCUUUGCCUCUGUUCGUUCAGCGUCAUGUGUUGGUAGUACCUAG